AGCUAACUGUGACAGAGCUGUGACAGGCUAGUUUCUGCUUCAGUACUGACUGACCUCCGCUCCCAAGAUGGCUGGUAUCAGAUCUGUCGGUGUUCUCUCCAGAUUGUCAUUACAGAGAUAUUCUGUAAUCUCAGGCAGUACUUUUCGCACCUUCUCAACAGCUCCAGCCAUGCUAGCCAGAACCCAUGUGAACUAUGAAGUCAAGGGCGAUGUUGCCGUUGUUCGGAUCAACGACCCUAAUUCCAAGGUGAACACACUGUCGGUACAAAUGCAAAAGGAGAUGGGAGAGGUCAUGAAUGAAGUGUGGGCCGACAAUGCUGUGCAGAGUGCUGUCCUCAUCUCCUCAAAGCCAGGAUGCUUUAUUGCAGGAGCCGACAUAAACAUGAUUCAGUCCUGCAACAGUGCAGAUGAGGUAACCAAGCUUUCUCAAGAAGGGCAGAAAAUGUUUGAUAUGAUUGAAAAAUCACCAAAGCCCAUCGUCGCCGCCAUCAAUGGUUCUUGCUUGGGAGGAGGAUUAGAGUUUGCCAUCGCAUGCCAGUACAGAAUUGCAACAAAGAGCAAGAAAACAGUUCUCGGUACUCCUGAAGUAAUGCUGGGUCUUUUACCCGGAGCCGGUGGUACUCAGAGACUCCCCAAAAUGGUUGGUCUUCCCAGUGCCUUCGACAUGAUGCUGACAGGAAGAAAUAUCCGAGCAGAUAAAGCCAAGAAGAUGGGGCUUGUUCACCAACUUGUUGAUCCACUAGGACCUGGGCUGAAGAGUCCAGAGGAAAGAACAAUUGACUACCUCGAGGAAAUUGCCAUUGAAUGUGCCAGAGGAAUCGUUCAAAAGAAGAUCCCUCUCCGCAAAGAGAAAAGCAGGAUGGAGAAACUUCAAGACUAUGUCAUGAGCUUUGAAAUGGUGCGGAAUAAAAUUUACAACACUGUCCACGGUAAAGUCAUGAAGCAGAGCAAGGGACUAUAUCCAGCACCCCUGAAAAUCAUUGACUGUGUGAAGGCUGGAGUAGAACAAGGCCCUACUGCUGGAUACUUAGCGGAGUCUCAGAAUUUUGGCCACUUGGCAAGAAGCUCAGAAUCAGCAGCCCUGAUUGGUCUCUAUCACGGUCAAGUUGCAUGCAAGAAGAACCGAUUUGGAACCCCUCAAAAAGAAGUGAAGACUCUUGCCAUCUUGGGAGCAGGUCUGAUGGGAGCUGGUAUCGCCCAGGUGACUGUGGACAAAGGGGUGCACACGAUCCUGAAGGACACCACUGUAGCUGGACUGGGCAGGGGAGAGCAGCAGGUUUACAAAGGGCUCAAUGACAAGACCAAAAAGAAGAGCAUCACUUCAUUUGAGAGAGAUUCCAUCCUGUCCAAUUUGUCUGGCAAGCUGGAUUACAGCGGCUUCGACAAGGCUGACAUGGUUAUUGAAGCUGUGUUUGAAGACAUCAGUAUCAAGCAUGCAGUCCUGAAGGAAGUGGAGGCUGUGGUUUCCCCUCACUGCAUAUUUGCCAGCAACACGUCUGCUCUGCCCAUCAAGGAUAUUGCUGCUGCCAGCAAGAGACCAGACAAGGUAAUUGGAAUGCACUACUUCUCUCCAGUGGACAAGAUGCAGCUCCUUGAGAUUAUAACUACUGAUAAGACUUCAAAGGACACAACAGCCUCUGCUGUGGCAAUGGGCCUGAAGCAGGGCAAGGUCAUCAUCGUUGUUGGGGAUGGACCCGGAUUCUAUACAACAAGGUGUUUGGCUCCCAUGUUGGCUGAAGCAGUUAGAAUAUUCCAGGAAGGAGCUGACCCCAAGAAGCUGGAUGCCCUCACCACAGGCUUCGGGUUCCCUGUUGGUGCCGCCACACUGAUCGAUGAAGUCGGUAUUGAUGUCGCCGCUCAUGUGGCCGAGGACCUCGGCAAAGCUUUUGGCUCCCGGUUCGGUGGUGGAAAUGUUGAGGUUCUGAAGACUAUGGUGGACAUGGGAUUCAAGGGCCGCAAAUCAGGAAAGGGUUGCUACACCUACCAGCCAGGACUCAAAGUCAAAGACGUCAACACAGAGAUUGACGACAUCUUGCAGAAAUACAAAUUGACACCAAAUCCUGCUGUCUCAUCAGACUCUGACAUACAGUACAGACUCAUUACCCGGUUCGUCAACGAGGCCGUGCUGUGUUUGCAAGAGGGUAUUUUGAACAAUCCUUUGGAAGGAGACAUUGGGGCUGUGUUUGGACUGGGAUUCCCCCCGUGCCUUGGAGGGCCUUUCCGCUACGUGGACAGCUUUGGUGCCGACAAGCUGGUGGAUAAGAUGAGGCAGUACGAAGCCGUCUACGGCAAUCACUUCACACCAUGCCAACUCCUACUGGAUCAUGCAAAGGAUUCAAGCAAGAAAUUUCACAAGUGACCUGACUUCACCAUCUGUGCCAGUAGUACUUACUAAUAAAACUGGGGCCUGCCACUAGAAUGUGCCUAACAUUUAUGUCAUGAGUGGGAAGGCAAAAAAAAUCGGAAAAUACAAUGUCUGCAGAAAUUAAUAAUGGAUAGAUUUUUUUUUUGUACUUUUACAUUAUUGAUUUCACUGAGGGUGUAUAGACUCCAUAGCAGCAAAAUAAAAAAAAUAAAAAAAUCCCAGCUGGCAAAAAAUAAUUCAUCAUUGCAUUGAUGAAUGUGUGCCUGCAAAUGUAUUUCUUUUUUCUGUACAUUAAAGACUUUAUGCGCUGGUUUGAAGAAUGAUGUAAAUGUGAAGUCGAAAUAAAAUUUUGUUAUUGAAUCAAA